CACAUCCACAAUAGAAAAUAUAGACAGUGUGUACUAUGUAGUUGUUGGGAAUAAUUAUCACGUUUAUAAUUUAAACUUUAUAUUGUUUACGAGAUAGUUGAACUAGUUUGGAUUUUACUUGUUGCAUUUGGCUGCUUUGGUAGAUUUUUUCUUCUCUUUUCUUUGUGACCAUAUAUAUAAUAUAAUUUUUUUUUGUUUUCCGUUAGGAUUUUAUAUAUAUAAUUAAUACCACAGCCACAAAGCGAUGUAUCAUUGUUUGUAUAUAUACAGAUCCAGCAUAUAUAAUUAGUUUAUGUCAUCAACCUAUAUAUUCAACAAGUAAAUAGAUCUAUCUAUCGAAGCAAAUGGGGUCGACGUCGUCAGAAUUAGAAGGAGUGAUUUCGAUUGGAGCAUGGGGGAGUCGUUCAGGCGGCGAUCCAUGGAGCUACAAACCUAACACUUCCUCUCCAAUAAGAGAGAUACUCUUCCAUGAAGGUGGUAAUAUCAAGUCUAUUUUCUUCAGACACCAAGAUAGAUUUAUCUCUGGGGCAUUCGGUGGCAGAGAUCCUAGGGACAGGGGUACAGAGAGGAGGAUUACUUUGCGAACGCCGUCAGAGUAUUUGAAAUCCAUAAGUGGAACGUAUGGUCUGUACAAUCGGGCAGCUGAUGUUAUACUUUCACUAUCUUUUCACACAAAUCUGAGUACAUAUGGACCGUUUGGUCGUCCCUCUGGCUCUAAUCCUGGAACGCCUUUCACCAUCCCAAUGGAAGACAGUGUCCUAGUUGGAUUUCAUGGACGAGCUGGGUUUUACCUCGAUGCUAUUGGUAUCUAUGUAAAACCAUUAAAUCCAAGAGGAAGCAUUUCACUUGGGACAUGGGGUGGUCCGGAGGGAGACCCUUUUGGUUUCGUGGUGGGGACUACUAGUUGGAUUAAACAGAUAAUUGUUCGACACGAUUCCAAUAUCAAGGCUCUCUCUUUCAAGGAUGGGAAUGACCACAACUAUGGAAUUUUUGGUGGCAAGAAUCCUAAUGAUCUUGGUAGAGAAACCAUAAUUGAGUUUGAUGGGAGAUCUGAGUUUUUAACAUCUAUAAGUGGGACAAAUGGAAGUUAUGUAAACUACGCGUCGGUGAUCACGUCAUUAUUAUUCGAAACAAACCUGAAUACAUAUGGGCCAUUCGGAAGAGAAAUAGGUACUACUUUCUCCCUUCCAAUUAUGCGAGGUGCCGUCGUUGUUGGAUUUCAUGGAAAAUCAAACAUUUACAUUGAUUCAAUUGGCAUCUAUGUCAGACCGAGAACGGUCGGCUGAUCAAAAUAUAUAAUGGACUGGCUGAGGAAAUAUUCAACGUGCGUUUAUCACAUAAUGUUUCGUUGGAUUUGGAUAUAUCGUUGUUUACAAUCAUGCUUAAUUAAUUACUACCAUACAUUUUGGCCAUCCAGUCUUGAUCUUGAAGACUCUUUCUGUUUAAGAUUGUCACAAUAAUAUAUGUAAUGUUUUGUUAUUAUAUUUAGUAAAUUUUCUCUCUUGAUGAUC